CCAUAUUUAGCAAAGCGUGUUUAUGAACGCAAUCCUCUAAGACUCAUCCACCGUAAACAACCUACAAGAAGCUUUGCUAUGGCUUAACUUUGGUAACAAAGUCGAAGCUCAAUUAUCGGAACCUCUUUUCUGUUAUUCUUUUUCAAUCGACCUCUUUUCCAUAUUCUUCCCCUUGACAGCAGUCAUUGAAUACUGCUAUUUGGAUUCAACAUGUCAGUUUCUCAACAAUUGGCAGAGAUCGCAAGUAACGAAAAAACUGUCAUGUAUGCCGCGGACGCCAAUUUACAAGAAAUUUUGUGCUAUCCCGAAGUGUCUGAUAAACCAACACUUGUUCAAUUAACAGAUGCAUGUCUUCAUGCUCAAGAACUUGCUAAACAUCUUGAUUUUGGCAGAACAGUGUCUAUCACAAAUCACUAUUCUCGUGGUAGCUGCGUUUUACAAACCGUCAGAGAAAAAAAUGAUGGUACAGGAAGCGUUGUUUCUACUACCAUUGCAGCUCAGGAUGUCUUGAGAAACGCAUUAAAAUCCAAUCGAGCAUUAGACAAAGUGAUCUCUCAACUUUAAAGUUCAUCCAUGAAAAAUCUACUCUCGUCCAUUAUAGUUUCUUUACCGGUUAUGAAAAAACUUGGAUUUAUACCUGGGCGGAACAAAACGAGUCCUCUUUCAACCAGCCGAAUUUGGGAUGCGUUUCAGACACAGUUCAACAUUCAGCAACACAGCACAGAAGUAAAACACCACUUUUCUUAAUCUCCGAUAUUUAUCAUCUUUAAUAAAUAAUAGUUAAUUGAAUAAACAUAUACAAACACAUA